AGUUUUUUGAUACGUAGCUUAAAGUUAAUUUGGUAGCAAAUAAUGAAUAUCGAUGUUGAAGUUGUCUCCAAAGAGAAGAUCAAACCCUCUUUUCCAACUCCACAUCACCUUCACCAUUACCAAUUCUCCUUUCCUGAUCAACUAUCUCCCUCUUUCCAUAUUCCUUUGAUCUACUUCUACAAUAUCAUUGAUCACCAACUUAGCAACAAUGAUAUUUUCAGCAACCUAAAAUCAUCUUUGUCAAAGGUUCUCUGUCAUUAUUAUCCAUUAGCCGGAUGCCUCAAAGACAACUAUGUACACUGCAACGAUGAUGGUGUGGUUUUCUUGAAGGCUCAAGUCAGUUGCCAGCUCUCACAAUUCAUCCAGGAACCAACUGCAAGUGAUUUCAAUAGAUUCCUCCCUUACGAUGAUGGCCCCAUAAAUUUUGUCCUCGCCAUUCAAAUCAACUUCUUUAACUGUGGCAGUUUUGCGAUUGGUGUACUCAUGUCACACAAGAUUGCAGAUGCUUCAUCAAUGAUCACCUUUAUCAGGAACUGGGCUGCCACUGCUCGUGGUGAAAGUGCCAAUUUUUGUCCACAGUUUGUGUCUGCCACUCUCUUUCCACCUAAAGAUAUAGGUGGGCUAACUGGCACAGUUAGUGUUCCUUCAGAGAAGAAUAUUGUGUUGAGGAGGUUUGUUUUCAGUGGGUCUAUGAUAGCUGCUCUCAGAGAAAAAUAUUCUGAUGGUGGGAUACAUCCAACGCGUGUUGAGGUGUUAUCAUCUUUUAUUUGGAGUCGUUUUGCUGCGUCCACCCAAUUAAAGAUUGGGGUUGAAAGACCUUGCUUGCUGGUUCAUGCAGUGAAUUUGCGAAAGAGGAUGCACGAGCCACUACCUGAUGAUUCUUUUGGGAAUAUAGCUGGACCGUCAGCCGCUAUCGUUUCAGAGGAUUCAGAGUCGAAAGAUUGUUAUAGGCUAAUCAGAAAGUUUAGAAAUGCAAUAAGCAAAAUCAACAAGGAUUAUGUGAUAAAACUACAAAAUGGUGUGUUUGAAGACUUUGGUGUUUUGGAAAGCGAUGACGAAACAUUGAACAAAAGAGAGGUGGUUAAAUUCUUUAACACUAGUUUAUGUAGGUUUCCUGUAUAUGAAGCUGAUUUUGGGUGGGGGAGGCCAAUAUGGGUGGCUUGGGGUGGUUUGCCUUACAGGAAUGUAUUUGUUUUAAUGGACACCAAAUGUGGAGAUGGAAUAGAGGCAUGGAUUCACUUGACAGAGGUAGACAUGGCCAAAUUUGAAGCUGACCAUGACCUGCUUUCUUAUCUUUCCCCAACCUCAAGCCGCUAAAUAUAUUCCCAUCCAAAUACACAACUAUAAUGCAUAUAUAUGUAAUAUAUAUUUUUGCUUAUUUGAUAUUUGUUAUUAUAUGUAUCUGCUUCCAGUUUU